GCAUCUCAAGGGGCUGCGAUCUGAUGUAGCGAAGUUCCACACCGUCUUACACGACCUAGACAUGGCGGGGAGAGUCAUGCAAGCCAAGCGAGACAUGCAUCGGCUGCCAAGCCUCAUAGUCUCGGGGCUGGGCUUGUUUCACGGCUGCAAAAGCCACUCUCCGUGGGACAUCGUUGAUGAGUUGGAGCAAAGGGGCAACCUCGAUCCCGAGUCUUCGCACAACAUCCGGGUCCUGAUCUCCAUAGCAAACGAGAUGCGCCUGCGCACGUACCUUGACCACAACAGCCAACAGGAUUCCUUCUCUUCGCUGCCUCUACUGCCACAACUCGUCAAGACUCAAGAGCCAAGCAAAGAUAAAACGCAAAACGUGUAUCAUUUCCCGACAACGGAUAUGAUAUCCCGCUACUAUUACACGAUGAUACCGUUAGAAGAAACCAUCAAGCUGUUUGUUGAAGAGAUCGCAAGAAGUGAGGGACCACCAGCAGAUGGCCUUCGUGUGAGAACAAAGCUUUACGAGGACGGACCGAUCAGUAGAGCAUUCGUACAUCUCCACCUGCUCCAGUUUGAGGAAGCCAAACAAAGUCUGUACGAAGCGUUACAGAAAACUGACAGGGGCGGUAGCCCAGACAAGACCUGUAGUAUACUGUACCAUGUGGGGACGAUAUGUGUAGAGCUUGGGCUACAUGAAGAAGCUAGAAAAUGCUUUCAGGAGGCUCUUGAGAUCUGGCCGAGGACAACAUCUUCAGCCGCUCGCCUGCAAGCACAACUUUUAAACGCUAUCGGGGCAACUUUCGGCACCGAAGAUCCAGCAACUAUGCGAAGAUAUUGCCAAGAGUCAUUGCGUGUUCGUACGAAUUUCUUUCAAGGGGAAGUUCCGAGCGAGGAAGAGGCUGGAGUCAGUCAAAACAUUGCUAUUUCGUGGAUCAAGGAAGGAAAACACAACAAGGCAGUGGAGUCGUUCUCAAAAGCGCUAUCAACCGUGGGUGAUGGAUUCAUAAGUCCGUUCGUAAUCACUGUUUUAUCAAACUUGUCCGACUGUUACGGCGAGAUGGGCCUGUUAGAAGAGGCAACCGUCUACGCCGAGAGAGCUGCAAACAUGGCUAAGACGCUAUACGGAGAAGACACCGCCCAUCCAACACUGGCGGCAGUCCUCUUUACUUUGGGCAAGAUCUAUUCCCAAAGGGAGCUAUAUCAAGACGCCCUUUCCUGUCACAGUCUUGCUUUACAAAUCCGAAAUCGCCUGUAUGGGAAAGAAGCCACACACCAACGAAGGGCCGAGUUACUGAAAGCGGUUGCCUAUAGCUUGCUCCGACUCGAUGAGUACAAUGCAGCAAUCCAGCACUACGAAGAAUCACUGGCUAUAAGAAGGUCGACAGAGAAGUGCGUAUACUACAACAACGAAACAGUCAGCUUGCUCAAUCUCUUAGGACAUGCACACACAAUGUGUGGAAACCAUGAGAAAGCGAUAGAGUAUCAGAAUGAAGCAGUUAAGGUGGGGAAAGCCAUCUGCUCUGGCCGAGAAGACUACACCCAGACUGAAGAAAUGGUCGACUCCUUACUCUACCUAGCGGAGACGCAUGAAAGACAAAACAACUACCAACAAGCUAUAGACUUCUACAAGGCCUUCUUUGACGCUAGGCAGCAAUUUCCCGGAUUUCACUCCGACCAAAAUGUCGUUAGGGCCUUCAAUAACUUGGGUGUGGCGUACAUGGCUCUAGGAGAGGAUUCAGCGGCAGCGGCGUUCUUCACAGAAGCUCUGGACACAUUAAGGAACGCUCCAGAUGAAAAUGCAGGUAGAGUAUUCGUUGCUUGUGUCUGCAACCUUGGCCACGUCCUUUACAACCUCGGUGACUACCAAGCUGCCCGAGGUCACUACGAAGAGAUCGCUAACAAAAAACGUCGUGGCGAGUCCGAGACAGCCGACAUGGAUGCAGUCGCACUGCUGUCUUAUCUAGCAGCCACGUACCAGAAGCUAGACGACCACAACCGGGCGAUUGAGAUGUGUCAAGAAGCGUUAGAGAUUCACAAAAGGGACGGCACCGUGCGUAACCCAGCUACGAUGGGAAAGAUUCACAAGAUACUCGGAAGAAGCCUCCUCGUUGCCGAGCGACACUCGGAUGCCAUCACACACCUCGAAAAAUCUGUAGAUCUCAUGCAGACCUUGGACGUAGAAGAGAAAACACAACUAGAAGAAAUCGUAACCUUGUACCAGGACAUUGCCAACACGUACAGUUAUACAGGGCAGUCACGGUCUGCAGCAGCUAACUUUACAAAGGCUCUUGGUACCCUAAAGAUGAUACAUGGGGACGAUGCGUGCCACAUCGAUAUUGCAGGUACCCUGUUCAACAUGGGCAAGGCGUUCGUGGAUUUUUCGAGGAGCGGGGUCCUCUUCAGCAAGAGCUAUCGUGAACGGGCCGCCCUGUUAUUCGAGGAGGCGGUUACCAUGACUCGGCGCCUGGACAAUGAUCUAGACACACAGAAACUUCGAGCAUCAUGUCUGAACAUGGCGGAUCUACAUUUCGACUUGCAGGAUUUCGAAAAAGCAGCGACGUUCUACGAAGAGCUGUCGAGAGAGGUGACUUCUCUUCCAGUCGGCACGUACAGCGACCUGGAAGCUACGGCGUUGUUUUACAAUCUCGGUGUCAGUUUUCAACGCAGCAGCGAAGCCAAGAAAGCCAUCCCUGCUUUAGAAAGGUCCUUGGAGAUAAAGAGGUUGAUUUUGACUGGAGAGGAUGGGAUGUACAGUAUUGCGAUGACACUCCAAGCACUCGGUGACAGCCUUUUUAUCGACCAUCGCUACGCUGAAGCAGUCAAUCAUCUUCAAGAAGCGAUGGAAAUGCGAAGGAGUAUCUCCCAUGGUCACAACACACUAGAGAUGUCUUCCACGUUGAACAGCCUAGGACUUGCUCUUUCCUGCAAGGGGGACAAAGAGAAGGGAAUUAAGCAUUUGAAAGAUGCUGUGCGAAUCCGAAGGGAGGUCCUAGGGGCUGUCCAUCCCAAACUGGCAGAAUCUCUGUCAAAUCUGGGAAAUGUGUAUGGUGAAAGUGACGCUAACGAAGAAGAGAUCCUUUGCUACAAAGAAGCACUCGGCAUUUGGGAGGACUUCUACGGAAGGACCUACCCUAGCGAUGAGGUCAUCACAGCUCUGUAUACAAUAGCCAAUGCUUACGCACGACUGGAAGAAGAGGACGAAGCUGCUACUUACUACAGGCGGACCCUCCAUGAAAUCCGAUCUCUGGUGCGAAUGAAAGGGAAGCUACCCGACGGACAUGCCAAGAAGACCUUACGGACAGUUUCUGUACUACUUAUGAAAGACUCACCGGGUGAAGAACAUGACGUUCCCAACCAAGACGAACACACCGGUGAGAUGGAAGGGAUGCAGCAAGUCUUAGAAGUCGUCACUUAUCUGGCGAAAUACAUGACAGUGACUCCACCUGAGAAGGGUGACUUAGAUCUCGUGAUGUUGGCCCUACUGGUCAUAACGGACAAGAGGCUGCAGUUGUCCACUAAUCACGACGCCGAGAAAGCGAUUGCGAAAGAAUUUGCGAAGCGCCAAGGUGCCGUGUCCCUGGCCAGUUACGUCAUGCAUGUCAGUACGACCGUGACGUCAUCUGUGACGUCAUCCCCGGAGAGUGCUGAUUGGCUGUGGCAGGACGUUGUCGCCUUGCGGACCGCGGUGUGGAGUCUGUCGGCACACGGAGGCGAGUUCUGCCGCCAGCUGGCGGAGGGAGGACUGCUCACUUACCUGCUGACGGAACUCGGAGAAGGUGCAGGCGAAACCCGACCGACCUCAGUGUCAGGACCACCCGACUUCAGAUUCCAGACAUUUCUGCUGACGUCAGCCACCAGCAUUCUGUACAACUGCGCACGCGUGCCGACCUGUCGCCAUCACCUCCGCCACGAUGACAAGCUUUCCGUUUUACGCAUGCGCCACAUCCUCGACGGAGAUGACGUAACCAUUGUGCGUGACGUCAUCCUAACGCUUGUGCACAUCAGUGACGGUGAAGGUGGUUUCGACGUUGACGUCCCUCCUGUUAGAGAAGACGUCAUACAAGACUUUCUUACCACUAUCGAGACAUCACUUGAAGAAAUCUCACCGGAAUACUCACAGAGAGAGAUGCUGCUUGGGGUGAAGUUCUUGGUUCAAAAAGAAGAAAAUAGAGAGAAGAUCAUUAGCCAAAAAGGGGUAGGGUUGAUAGAGAAAAUACUGGAGGGUAGUCAGGAAGAUGUGUCAGAGAUAGCAGCCAAUGUCAUGUGGAUUUUGCUGCAGUAGUCAUAUCAAACAUGGCAACUAGUCCAUAAACUGGCACCACGGUUCAUGAAAAAAAUAUUCUUUUCAGAAGCAAACAGUUUUAUUAUACUGCUUAAUCAUUGUGACGUUCUGUAAUUACAAUAUACUGCCAUAUUUCCUUUCGGCGGCUCUUCACAUUUUCCUUCAGCCACUGCGUUGUGUUUCGAAAUGGUUGCCACCUUUGAUAUGACGUCACUUACAUGCUUAAUUGCAACAAACCCUCGCGUCUGAAAAAAAAUAUUUUUGUUGGUGCAAUGUUCGAUGUCAGGAGAGAGGCGUAUAUUUGGUGCAAAUGCGAACGUGUAUGUUGAUUGAGGAAUACUAUCUUGGUUGUGGAAUAUAAACAGAAAAUGUUGUACUUUGGCUGCAUACGCCCUUUAAGAAACAGUAAAAGUUAUUAGUUUGAUUUGUAGGCUCUGAAAUAUGUGAAGGACUGUCCCUGAAAUGUUGUUUAUCAGCAAUAUUAUUCUAUCAUUCAAGGAGCGGUGACAGUUUGAAUUCUAUAGGCUCUGAAAUAUGUGAAGGACUGUCCCUGAAAUGUGGUUUAUUCUAGCAAUAUCAUUCUAUUAUUCAAUGAGCAGUGACAGUUAUUAGUUUGAAUUCCAGCCUCUCAGACAUGUGAAGGACUGUCCCUGAAAUGCGGUCUAGCAAAGGUUAUGAUCGGUCGUGUGGCUUAUGCAUUGUUGUGGUGCAGAAGUGUAAGUUUGGCAAAACAGAGGAAGCCAACAUCUUGAAUUUCCUUAAAGUUUGUGCAAAUGCAAAUCAUGUUUCUCCCUCCGUGUUUAAGCGUACUUAUUAACAACAUUGGAAGAGGAGAUACUGUUUUUGAAAGGUGUGGCGUCGGGCGUGGCGUAACUGGUAGAGCAAUCGACUCGGAAUCUAUAGGUCCUGAGUUCGAUCCCCGCCGUGCCCCCGACGUUGUGCCCUUGGGAAAGGCACUUUACAUGACCUUCCUCACGUCACCCAGGUGUAAAAAUGGGUUUCUGAAUUCGGUCGGGGAUGUAAAAGACUACCUUUACCUUCUGUCUGUGCUGUGUAAUGUUGAUAUAAAUUACAAAAUUUGAGUGCAGAGCCACAUUGUCGUCGUCUUCCCAAAAGCAAAUUAGAAAAAAAGCGAUUAAACAUAACAGCUCAGACACUGAGAUCAUAUGUUAUUGAUUAAAGUACGCACUUUUUAAAAUCCUAAAGGUGCUUGCAGUUGUUUGCAAGUCAGGGUAAUAUCAAAUUACAUGUAUUUGAGGUUAUUUCUCAGAUAAAUGGUAAGAGGACCUCAAAGAUAAUGCUCCCAUGUUAUAUUGUACAGCAUUAGACUAGUUCUAUUAAUAAAAUAUAGAUAUUAAAGGUACCCACCACACUGCCAAAUUUCAACAAUUCUGUAACUUUGGUAGACAAUUCACGUCAAGUUUGCAAAGACGAAGAAAGCAAGCAUUUUUACACAUUGAAGCAAGGACGUCCGAUUCUGUACAAGCAACUACAACAGGGAUUUUUGUGUUUCCAAAAUGAAAACAGAUUUGCAGUGGAUGUCACUUGAAGAUAGAAGGAAAAUGUCCAGACUUUCCAUGAUGUACAAAAU